GUGACGCUGCCAGUUUUGGCGGGAAAAGCGCUGCAUUUGGAUUGCUGUGGUGGCAGGCAGAGGACGGUCGGCCCGGGUGCCCCGCGGAGUCAUGGCAGUGCCCUUCGUGGAAGACUGGGACCUGGUGCAGACGCUGGGCGAAGGCGCCUACGGAGAAGUCCAACUUGCUGUGAAUAGAAGAACUGAAGAAGCAGUUGCAGUGAAGAUUGUCGACAUGAAGCGUGCGGUAGACUGCCCAGAAAACAUUAAGAAAGAGAUCUGUAUCAAUAAAAUGUUAAAUCACGAGAACGUGGUGAAGUUCUACGGCCACCGGAGAGAAGGCAACAUCCAGUAUCUGUUUCUGGAGUACUGUAGUGGGGGAGAGCUUUUUGAUCGCAUAGAGCCAGACAUAGGCAUGCCCGAACAAGAUGCUCAGAGGUUCUUCCACCAGCUCAUGGCAGGGGUGGUUUAUCUGCAUGGUAUUGGAAUAACUCAUAGGGAUAUUAAGCCAGAAAAUCUCCUAUUGGAUGAAAGGGAUAACCUCAAAAUCUCCGACUUUGGCUUGGCGACAGUGUUCCGGCAUAAUAACCGGGAGCGCUUGUUGAACAAGAUGUGCGGGACUUUGCCUUAUGUGGCUCCAGAACUCAUAAAGAGAAAAGAGUUCCAUGCAGAACCCGUUGAUGUCUGGUCCUGUGGAAUAGUACUCACCGCAAUGCUGGCUGGAGAGUUGCCGUGGGACCAGCCCAGUGACAGCUGCCAGGAGUAUUCCGAUUGGAAAGAAAAGAAGACAUACCUCAACCCUUGGAAAAAAAUCGACUCUGCUCCUCUAGCUCUGCUGCAUAAAAUCCUAGUGGAGAACCCAUCAGUAAGGAUUACCAUCCCAGACAUCAAAAAGGAUAGAUGGUACAACAAAGCACUCAAGAAAGGGGCAAAGAGGCCCCGAGCCACCUCAGGCGGGGUGUCCGAGUCUCCCGGCGGGUUCUCGAAGCACAUCCAGUCCAGUUUGGACUUCUCCCUGGCAAACAAUGCCUCCAGUGAAGAGAAGGUGAGGUGCUCCAGCUCCCAGCCUGAGCCGCGGACAGGCCUCUCCCUGUGGGACACCGGCCCCUCGUGCAUCGAUAAGCUGGUGCAGGGCAUCAGCUUCUCCCAGCCCGCGUGUCCGGAUCACAUGCUCCUGAACAGCCAGUUGCUGGGCACCCCGGGGUCCUCACAGACUCCCUGGCAGCGCUUGGUCAAAAGGAUGACACGGUUCUUUACCAAACUGGAUGCAGACAAGUCUUACCAGUGCCUGAAGGAGACUUGCGAGAAGUUGGGCUAUCAGUGGAAGAAGAGCUGUAUGAAUCAGGUUACUGUAUCAACAACUGAUCGAAGAAACAAUAAACUGAUUUUCAAAGUGAAUUUGGUAGAGAUGGAUGAGAAGAUUUUGGUUGACUUCCGGCUUUCUAAGGGUGAUGGAUUGGAAUUCAAGAGACACUUCCUGAAGAUUAAAGGGAAGCUGAGUGAUGUUGUAAGCAGCCAGAAGGUGUGGCUUCCUGCCACUUGAUCGAGCCUUUGGCUUUGGAAUCCCUGGUGAAUAUAGUACUGCUAUGUUGACAUUAUUCUUCCUAGAGAAGAUUACCCUAAUCUGCAAACUGCAAACAGUAGUCUCUGAAGAAUUGUCUUCAUCCUGGUCAAACACUUUCCAAUAUUGUUGUAUGUUCUGCAUAAAAAUAAUACCUAUAUUUUAAUUGUAAAUAAAACUUUGGGGAAGGGAUAGAAUUCAUUAGAUAUUUCUUCAUCUGUGUUUAGUGUCUACAUUUGAGACCCACCUGGAAAACCAAGCUUUGGGGAUAUAUGAGUUUACCAGCUUUUAUACCAGUACAGUGAAGGAUGAUACUCUUGUCCCAUAUUUAUCAAAAUGGUUAUGUUCAAAAAGUAUAUAUUGCCUCCACAUUGGGUUAAGUGGAUGAAUUAGUUAAAAAAAAAAUUCUUGCCACUUGUGAAGCCAACUUCGGAAAAUAUAUCCCCAAGAUUUGUACUCAUUCUCAAAAGGGCCCAAUGACAAGGUAUGUAGACUCAUUCUUGAGUGAUAAUUUUUCAUUGAAAUUGAAAGUUGGUAUGGUUUUCCCACUCUAGUUAAUAAAAUGUAAAUAUAAAAUAUUGGUUGAUCUUUCAAGUAGAAGUUGAGCACAAAUUCUAAUGCUUAACUACAUUUACUCUAAAAUUACUAUUGCACAUUUUAAAUAUUUUUUAUAUUCUCUACUUUCACAGCUAUAUUUUAAUUCUUUAUUACAGAAAUAAAUUCUAUUUUGAAAUUGAAUAGCUAACUCUGUGCACUCAUUGGUGACUAAGCUUCUAGGUGGUAAGGAAUAAAAGAGAAGGGAGAAAUAAGGAAGCUAUGAUAGAAAUAGAUGUGAUUCCUGGUUCUUUUAUCUUAGAUUUAUUAAGACUUUGUUCUAAUAAAAUUUAUAUUACCUUGAA